AUGUCGUGUGAGGAGGCGCAACUUCACAAAGAGCGGCUGCAGGCCCUUACGGAAAAGAGAAAACGACAAACUGAAAUUGAGGAAAAAAGAAACCAGCUGGAUGACCUGGUGCUGCAGCUUCAACAUGUCAAGUCCAAAGCCAAGCGAGAGAAAUGGCUCCUCCAGGGAACUGUGGUGGAGGAAGAGGAGGCCCGGAGGAAACAGCUUGAGCAGGAUGAAGAGCAGGGGAAGAGGAUCGAGGACAUCAUCCACAGACUGGAAUCAGAAAUAGGCACUCUGGAAAGUGAGGAGUCGCAGAUAUCGGCCAAAGAGCAGGUGCUACGGGAGCGGCUAAAAAAGACGGAACGCUCCAUUGAGGACUUGCAGAAGAGUCUCAUGAAUCAGGAUGGAGAUGCUAAAGGCUGCAUGUCGGACCGUGGCCAUUCCAGCACAGAGCAGCUCGUGUGGACCGGCCCGCCAGCUUCUGGAGACCACGUCACGUCCAGACCUGCAAUGUUUGCCAUGGAGAUCAACGUACAGCGUGACCCGCACACCGGGGAGCAGCGCGUCCUGUCAGCCAGCCGCGUGAGCCCCUCAGAGGCAGCCACCCGAGGGGUGAAGGUCUUCGAUGAUGGGAAGAAGGUGGUGUACGAGGUGACCGCUACUGGGGCCGUGUCCACCACCACCAUGGAGAAUGGCUGGAGCUCCAGCCAGGUGGACCACCUGAUCCAGCAGGCGGCUCGGCCUGUGGUCCGAGGGGACAGUAUGAGGGGACGUGUGAACGUGACCACAGCCAAACCUGAAGACGACCUGUCGCCCCCAUCCUGCCCACCACCCUCCAUCCCCUCCAGCCCCCCAGCCCAGGUGUCCCUUCAGAGAGAGCCUCAGCUGGGCAUGCUUCCCCCCUCAGCCCCCAUCACCACUCAGCCAGGUGCACACGCCAGUCUAGACCCAUCCUCAGAGAACCCCGUCACCAUGGUGUUCAUGGGCUAUCAGGACGUCGAGGACAGCGACAGACUGCUGGGCUACGAUGGAGCGGUCAAGGCUGAGGUUGUUCUGAUCGAUGAAGACGAUGAGAAGUCUCUGCGGGAGAAGACGGUUACAGAUAUAUCUGCCAUAGACGGCACCGCAGCAGAUCUGGUGUCGGGGCGUCCCGCCACCUCUGAGGCUGCCAGUACAGAACUGUCCUCAGAGGGACGCGAUAGUGCAUCAUCACCCAUCGUCAACCAGGAAGCCACAGCCCCGCCCCCUGGCCUGACCCCGCCCACAGGCUACAUCCCAUCAACGGGGGUUACCGUGACAACAGCAAAUGGAUGUGAGGCUCCCAUUCUGACCAGACACCUGCACACUGCCAUGAAAUCUUGGCUGGACGCUGAGGAUGUGAGUGAGCCUGUCCCCAGAGAUCAAGCCCUGAAGAGCGUUAGUUUCCAGGACUCAGUCUGUGUCAUCAGUGACCGGCCCGCGAUGGAGCUGGCGCAGAUCCAACGUGGCCACCUGGGCGUGUCCCACAGUGCAGCUGCUCUGAAAGACACGACCGACACUGAGGUUGUUCAGGAGAUCUGCUACUUGGACCAGGUGCUGGACGCUGCCUCAGAUGCACCCACCAACGGAGACUCGACGGAGCACCCCUCUGUGGAUGGGUUUACCCUCUGUGCCACGUCACAUGACCAGCACUCUCCAAUCCACACCAACGGGCACACGGCGGAGGACUACGGUCAGAGCAAGCCCAAGUUUGAACUGAGGGCUUUUCAUGAGGAGAAGAAGCCCGCCAAGCUGUUCUCCCCCGGGGACCAACCACCGGUCAGGGUGAUGCGAAGGCGGCCCACGGAGGAGGUACAGGAGUUGGAGCGUGAGCGCCAGGAGCUGAUCAAGGACCAGGCUGUGAAGAAAAACCCAGGCAUCGCCACUCGCUGGUGGAACCCUCCUCAAGAGGUUCCUCUGGAGGAGCAGCUGGACGCAGACCAGCUUGAAUCCUUGAAAAAAUAUCAAGAAAGAAAGCAGCAGAGACAAAGUCAUCCCUGCACCUACACACAGCCUGACGUGUGCGGGCCUCCCACCGUAGUGAGCUUUGACCCUCAGCUCAUUCGCAAAGAUGACAUUGUUGAGGAGCAGAUCGAUUUCAGUUUGGCCCGAAAGCAGUUCCUCCAAGAAAACAAGAAGGACAUCGCGCCUCAGAUCUACUCCGCCAAACCCUUCGCCAAAUCCCGAACCAGCCAGGGCAACAGCGACAUCAUCACCGAGACCCCAGACAGCCACGUGACCUGGUCCGACGAGGGGAUUGGGGGCGACUUCAUGUGUGCGCGAGCUGUCAUGACCAUCGUGCCUGAAGACGAAGAAGCCAAAGCCCAGUUUCAGUCCGGAUUUCACCCAGAAGAGUCGGACUCCGGGCUGGACGAGCUAUCCGUACGCUCCCAGGACACGGCCACUUUCAGUUUGGAUAACAUCUCGGACAGCAGUGCGUCACUACCACCCACCCCGCUGCUCCUAACUCCGCAACCCACCACUCCCGUCAACGGGCAAAGCUGCGGCAGUCCCUCCGAAGAGGAUCUGGACUUCCACGCAGGAGUUCUUGUCGAAAACGUGAUACAAAGCGCGCUGGCGGCUCAGAACGGGGGCGAAUGGCGUGCAUCGUAUUCCGACUCCAGCGCACCUGCGUCUCCACCCGCUUCCAAACAACCCUUAUCGAGUAGCCCUCUGCCCGGGUCUUCAAGCAACAGUGUCCAAUCUUCUAUCUGCUCCAGCCCUGAUGUCAAAGCCCAAGAAAAGCACUCCGAAACUCUCCAAACGCCUUCUCCGCCACGCUCUCAGCCGGUAUCGCCACCAGCGCGACCCAGAAACGGCGGGCCCAGGAUCAAAAUCCAGUCUUCUUACGCCAGAGCUCUUGCUGCAUCCACUCCCGCGGUAACACCAGCGCCUACUCAAGAAACAUCAGUGACCAGACCAGCUCCAGUGUACCGCCCUCCAUCUUCCCCAAGCCCGAAUAAACCCGAAUUCAGCUAUUUCAGCAAGUAUUCAGAGGCGGCUGAGCUUCGUAGCACGGCGGCGGUGGCAAAAGGCCCGGAAGUGGAGCCCGCCAGUGGGCCGUUCCGUUUGCGGUCCAAGAAGCAGCGCACGUUGUCGAUGAUCGAAGAGGAGAUCAGGGCGGCGCAGCAAAGAGAAGAGGAGCUGAAGAAGCAGCGCGAUAACGUGCCUACUGUGGUGGUCAGGGCCUCCAGCGGUGGGACUAAUGGAAGCAGCAGCAGUAAUAACGGGCCAGUGAGGACCGGAGCGAGGAAGACCACCAUAACUCCAGCGGAUAAGAUGAAGAGCAACAGUCUGUCCACCAGGCUCACGCUGACGGCAAAGACAGCACCAGGGAAGAUCGAGAAAGUGCGGCCUGCUCCUCCCGUCUCCCCUUCCCCGUCGGAAGGAGCUCUGUCUGACGCUGGCAGCGAGGACUCCACCGGAUCACGGCCCAAAAACUUCAUGCAGACGCUGAUGGAGGAUUAUGAAUCACACAAGGUCAAGAGGAGAGAGAAGAUGGAGGACUCUCAAUACGCCCGUUUGCUGCUGGCCAGUAAAGUGACCCACGAGGUCCUGGAAGCUACACGCGUCACCCGAAGAAAGAGCGACAUGGCCAUGAGAUGGGAGGCCGGUAUCUAUGGUAAAGAGGACGGCCAAGAGGGGGGAGAAGAGGAAGAGGAAGAGGAGGAGGAGGAGUAA